AUGAAGCAUUAUUUUCAAGCUCAUGUUGUCCGCCUUAUUUCUAAAGCAAAUUCCAUCAAGUUUGUUAUGUCAAAACCUGUCCUUAGUGACCGACUAGCAAGAUGGUACCUUCAAUUCCAACAAUUUGAGAUAGUGUACAUCCCUCAAAAAUCCGUGAAGGGACAAGCACUAGCGGAUUUCUUGGCAGACCAUCCUAUACCAAAUGAUUGGGAGUUAACUGAUGAGUUCCCUGAUGAAGAUGUGAUGUUGAUUGAAGUUCAACCUCCUUGGAAAAUGUACUUUGAUGGGGCUACACAUCGUGACGGAGCUGGUGCUGGCGUGUUGUUCAUCACUUCACAAAAAGAGAUUCUACCAUUCUCUUUUACUCUAAAACAAUGUUUCUCCAAUAAUGUCGUUGAAUAUCAAGCACUGAUACUUGGACUUGAAAUGGCCGUUGACAUGAAACAAUUACAUUUACAGAUCUUUGGUGACUCUCAAUUGGUGAUUAAUCAACUCUUAAGAAGUUAUGAGGUAAAAAAGCUUGAAUUGCGCCCUUAUCAUGAUUAUGCUCAAAAGUUGAUAAGAUGGCUUGGGGAUGUAACCCUUCAACAUGCGCGUCGAACAGAGAAUAAGAAAGCCGAUGCAUUGGCUACUCUAGCUUCAAUGCUAACCCUUCCUGAUCAAACACAAGUAACUGUCUGUCAAAAAUGGAUAGUAUCACCGUUAAAUGAGGAAGAAUAUAUUGAAAAUAAGCUUGAUCAUAUCGUCACCAUUGUUGAAGCUGCGAAGGAAGAUUGGAUACAACCCAUCAUUGACUACCUAUGUUAUGGGAUACUUCCAGAAAAUCCAAGAAGAAGAACUGAUGAAGAAGUGAUUCAAGCUCUGCAAGAAGCACACUCAGAAGUAUGUGGAUCACAUCAAUCUGGACCAAAACUUCACUUUCACAUAAAGAGAAUGGGGUAUUACUGGCCAACCAUGGUGAAAGAUUGCAUAUAUUACGCCAGGAAAUGUGAUGCUUGUCAAUUUCAUGCGAAUUUCAUUCAUCAGCCACCUAAAUUAUUGCACCCAACCAUCGCAUCUUGGCCAUUUGACGCUUGGGGACUGGAUGUUAUAGGACCAUUACCAAAGUCUUCUGGUGGACACUUGUACAUCUUGGCUGCAACUGAUUACUUUUCAAAAUGGGCUGAAGCUGUCGCUUUUAAAGAGAUGAAGAAAGAGAAUGUUGCAAAUUUUAUCCGAGUAAAUAUUAUCUAUCACUUUUGCAUCCCUCGCUAUAUAAUAACAGACAAUGGAAAACCAUUUGAUAACAAGUUAAUGAACAAGAUUUGUGAUCUUUUUGACUUUAAGCAGCGUAAAUCUUCUAUGUACCAAGUUGCCGCUAAUGGUCUUGCUGAAGCAUUCAAUAAGACUCUAUGCAACCUGCUCAAGAAAGUUAUUUCCAAAUCCAAACGGGAUUGGCAUGAAAGAAUGGAAGAAGCUUUGUUGGCAUAUAGGACAACAUAUUGCACACCAACUCAAGCAACACCAUAUUCACUUGCUUUUAAAGUUGAAGCAGUCCUGCCACUCGAGCGUCAAAUACCCUCCUUAAGACUUGCUAUUCAAGAAGGGCUCACUGAGGAAGAAAAUACUCGAUUGCGUCUUGCUAAGUUAGAAGCACUUGAUGAAAAGAGGUUAGAAGCCAACAAAACCUUGAAUGUUAUCAAGCUCGUCUAUCUCGUGCUUUUAAUAAGAAUGUUCACUUGA